AUGGAGGAUGCGAUCAUCGAAAUCCACGGUCGUUUCGUGCGAGACACAAUUGACGCGAUGGCUUACGACACGAACAAAUUGACGAUCAUCCCGAGUCUCGUCUUUCUCGUAAGCAACUUCUACAUCAUUUACAAGUUCUGUCACCGUUUUACCAGGAUCGGUGUGACCACACUCAAAAAGUGGACCAUCAGAGAGGCAACCUUUCAUUCGUCUUUCUUCUACAUAAGCAAACUGUGGCUAGUCUUCAUAAAACUGUAUAAAUUGUGUAGUACAGUUAUAUGCGUGAAAAUUGUAAGUAUUAAAUUAUAG